UACGCUACUCUACCAUCACCCUCCCUCCGUAUGCUGCCAUUAAAGCAAACACUAGGAGCAGUUCCUGCAACCUCGAGGCCAUGUCAACGCCGUCUCAGGUCGAGGUCGGUGCUCGAGGGACCAUAGCCUCAUUGAUGUCGCAAGAGAUUGACUACUUCCGCAGCAGGCUCAACUUGGUCCACAAUGAUUUCUCCCAACAGAAACACAACAAAGUGACCGCAGAUACAGCAUCGACCAGCGGAAGCUGCGGCAACAAGUCGGGCGGCGGCUCAAGUGGAAAGAAGGAGAAGAAGAAGAAGAAGAAAAAGAACAAGAGGGUGGCAGGCGGUGGAGGAUUCCUUUCGAGCAUCUGUUCCGCAGUGGACGUUUCAGAUACGAGUAAGGGAGAGAAGAUUCCCGGAAACGGGUACCGGAAGCUGAGAAAGGAUGCAAAGAAGCUUUUUGAAGACUAGAAGGCAUCAAAACAACAUUUUGAAUCCUACUGUCAUCAUACAUGGGGUUCUUUUCCAGCUUGUCAGUGUGUAGGAAUGUACAGGGGGUUUAAUCUGGCUUUAUGAAGAAACCAAUUGUUGCUGCUGCUGCUGGUGCUGGUGCUGGUGCUGGCAGAUAUAUUCUUGGUGGCUUUCUCCAUUUCGAGAAAGUUUACUUUGGAACAGGCACCACAGUAGACUGAACAGUGAACGGGCAGGCCCUGUUUGCUGUUUUCUUUG